AGAGAGGCGUGACGUGAACCGCUCUACCGUUCCGAGCUUCCGAACGAAACUUAUAUAACUUACGCGAGUGUUUAAUUAAUAAUGUUACUGUAAAAAAUGUUUGGUAUAUAUGCCUUAAGGAUUAGUCUAUUGAUGGUUUCAUAAAAUUAACGUGUAUCAGGAGACGAGUUACCUAUGUCUCCCUGCGGCGUGUGUAUCCUCGUGACAAUAUUAUGCAGUGCAUGGUCAGAAAGCACUAGCGAGGCGCGUCUUGGGCCCAUUUUUACCACAGAACCUCCGAGUGUUGUGCGAUAUGCGCGUGCGUCUGGAGCGCGGGUAGCGUGUACUGCGGUCGCUGCUGGUCCUGCACCCACCAUCACAUGGCUUGCUGAUGAUGGGUCAACCCUUUCAGAGUUACCAGGUGUUAGACGGAUAUACGCGAAUGGAACGCUCGAACUGGUCCCAUCUAGUGGGACUACCAGCGAUGUUCCGACUACUGUCCGAUGCCGUGCUGCUAACGCUCAUGGCACACUACUUUCUAGGGACGUACAUCUAAUGUCAGUGACAGAUGGCGCAUGGGAAGUGACCGUAGAGACAGGGAGUACGAGCGUAGGUGGAGUGGCAGCACUGCGAUGCCGUGUCUCCGGUGCACCAGCUCGCGUGGCGCUCUGGUACCGCGCUGACACACUGUUGGCAGUCGAUUCACCGUCACCCGAUUCCCGAUACCUGUCUGCGGGUGAUACUCUGUUGAUUCGUGACGUGUCAGCGGCUGACGCAGGCGCAUACAGCUGUGUCGCGCGACAUGAGCUUACUGCUCUCACCCGUCGCUCAAGACCCGCGCCACUUGAAGUCAUGCCAAGUUCUGCAGUUGCGGGCAGUGCUCCUCGUGUGACAGCAGCAAGUGAAGUUUCUGUCGCGCCUGGUGGACCCUUUUGUCUUCCCUGCGCUGCCUCUCAGUACCCACCACCACAUUAUACAUGGUACCGCGAGAGCGAAGGGCGGUUACAGCCAGUCGAAGGCGGUGAUGCGUGGAGAUGGGCGGAUGGCGCAGCGUUGUGCGUGAAACGUGCCAACCGCAUCCACGCUGGAGUGUGGCUCUGCAAAGCGUAUAAUGUAUUUGGUGAUGCCACAGCCCAGACCCGCCUCGAUGUACACCACGAACUUACUGUGGAUCUUCAGCCACAAGUACUGGUAGCAGAAGCAGGUGGGGCAGCACGGUUGCGCUGUACAUCUAGUGCAACCGGUGCAGCGCUGCAAUGGCUACAUGAUGGAGUCGCGUUAGCAUCGCGCGGGCCCGAUUUAGAGCUGCGAGGUCUGACGAGAGGACAACGAGGAACUUACCAAUGUGUGGCUCGGGAUGGACUACGUAGCGCGCAGGCUGCGGCGGAAAUACGGCUUGGAGAGUCGCCACCAGAGCUCCAGUACACCUUCAUUGAGCAGGCAUUACGUGGUGGCGCUGCGGUCACGCUACGCUGCGCUGCCGCUGCCUCGCCGCCACCACGACUGCACUGGCUGCUUGAUGACCAACCAUUAGACCGCUAUCUUGCACGACAUAGGUACUCGGUUCGUGAAGAGACAUCUAUAUCUGGUGAAACAGUCUCAGUCUUAAACAUAUCAUCAGCACAACCAACAGAUGGCGGGAGAUACUCUUGCCGCGCUUCCAACCCUCUUGGCUCUGUAUCUCAUAGUGCCAGGCUGAAUAUAUACGGUCCACCAGCGGUACGUGCACUGGAGCCUGUGAGAGCUGUUGCUGGAGACAACCUCACGCUGCUUUGUCCCUACUCCGGAUAUCCGAUCAGCUCUGUACGGUGGAGCCGGCGAGGUGCAGCUACGGCGCUAGAAGGUGCAGGUGGACGUGUCUGGGCAAGAGCUGCGGCCCUGAAGCUUUCACCUGCAAUGGCUCAAGACGCUGGACACUAUACCUGUACUGUCACAGCACCACCUGCACCACCUGCUGCUCGGGAUAUCGAGAUACAAGUCAGAAAUCCUCCAAAGAUAUCACCGUUCAUGUUCUCUCCGGAACUUACGGAGGGUGCAACAGUGCAGGUACUAUGCGGCGUUUCUUCAGGAGAUAAACCUCUAUACUUCUCGUGGUUUAAAGAUGACCAGCCCCUGCCAUCUAAUUUGCAGAUAGAGGAGAAAAGUUUGAACGAGUUCUCACUUUUAAUGUUCCCCGAACUACGAGCGGCGCAUAGUGGACGAUACACUUGCCGCGUCGCGAACCGAGCCGCUGCUGCAAAUUACACAGCUAUACUUACUGUUAAGGUUGCUCCAAGUUGGGAAACGGAACCUCUUGACUCCGCGGUUCUACUGGGUGCACCUCUAAAACUUGAUUGCGCGGCGAGAGGCUUUCCCGCGCCUCUUGUGGCAUGGUAUAAGAAAAUUGAGGGUGCAAGUAGUGGGGAUGGUACAGAGCGUUGGGAAGCAACAGCUCCUGGUUGGGAGGGUGGCGAAAGGCAGUCUGAAGGGGGUCAGGUGAGCGAUGCCGUACGAGCGACGUUAUCCGCUAGAACAGCUUUGCGAUCCCACCAGGGUCUGUACCGUUGCAGUGCUGAAAACGGAGUUGGACCACCUCUACUGAAACAAGUUAAUAUCACUGUUCACGAGCCUGCCAACUUUGGAACUUCCAGUGACGUGUCACGCAACACGUCAGCUGUGCUUGGGCAAAGCGCUACGCUUAGCUGUCUAGCGCAUGGUGACCCUCCGCUGACUGUUCAUUGGACGCACCACGGACAUAGACUGGACCUUGAUAAUUACAGAUGGCGGGUAACAGAGACGCGUACCGCAGAAGGUACUCGGUCGGCUCUACGCCUGCGUGCAGCUGAGCGCGCAGAUGCCGGAGAGUACCGCUGCGUCGCACGUAACGCCCAUGGACGUGCUGAUCUCUUACUCUACCUACACGUACACGAGCCACCAGAAGCACCACGAUCCUUACAGUUAGUGGGACUAGGAGGAACGUGGGUGCAACUAAGUUGGCAAGCUCGUUCGCCACCCGGCACACGCUUCACUGCAUUUGUGGCAUCACUCGAACCCAGCACACUCAUCCCUGACCAGUACAAUCUUACUGUUCAACGUGAUGAUCAUAGCGAAAUUAUGGAUACGGGUCGGGAUAAACUACUUGCGAGGCUUGAGGCACUACGUGCGGCACAUGGAUACUCUCUAAGAUUAGCAGCUCACAACCACGUCGGGACCUCACCGCUCUCAGAUCCAUUGCGAUUUACCACUCUAGAAGAAGCACCAGGAGGCGCACCACAAAACGUUCGCGUGAGGCCAGUUGACUCUGGAGAAAUACAUGUAUCAUGGAGUGUUCCAGAACGCGACAGCUGGAACGGCGAGCUUCUAGGUUACGUUGUGUCAUGGCGCGAAGCUGAAGGCAGCGGGGCAGGGCGGGUGAUAGUGCGGGGAGGGGGCGGGGAAGCGCGGGUUUCGAUUUGGGGAGCCAAAGGCAGGUUGGCCUUCACCGUUCGAGCCUUUAACCGCGCUGGUGUUUCGCCACCAUCACAUACUGUAUAUGCUGCUGCACCAGCUGCAGGUCUAGUACCGCCCAGUGCUGUACGCUGUGAAGCAGUAUCAGCAAGAGCAGUACGAGUUCGCUGGUCGCCGCCAGCCUCCGCUCUCCUACACUACGAUAUAAUUUACGCGCCAAUAUUAUUUUCACAAACAUGGAGCGGAGCGUCCCGCACAGCAGCAGCACAAGCAGAUGGCAGUGGUGGUGAGGCGGUGGUGUCAGGUCUUCGAGCUGCUGUUAACUACUCACUCAGCGUACGAGCUCGAACCAACGGUGGCAGUGGCCCACUGUCAAACCCUGUUUAUUGUCAAACCAAAGAGGAUGUUCCUGGAGCACCAGAAGCAGUCCGGGCAGUGGCAGCAUCAGCUCAAGCUGUGCGAGUGACAUGGGCAGCGCCACCUCCCGAGGUUCGUGGGGGACGCAUCACUCACUACACGCUCUACACGAGGGAAUUGGGCAAAGUGGGCGGGGAAUGGGCUCAACGCGUGGAAACGGAGGAAGAUGCUAGUGAGGUUCGACGGGAAGUCCGUGGUCUUCGCGAUGGUGCAGUGUUCGAGUUCUGGGUGCGCGCUUCAACGUCGGCUGGUCCUGGGGCUCCUUCGCGCGCCGUUACUGCAGCUCCUGCUCAUUCUGUAUCGGCGCGCAUAUCAUCAGUGAGCACAGAAAUAGUAGCGGCCGUGGGCACGCGCGUUCGACUAGCGUGUGCCGCGUUGGGGGCCCCACCACUGCGACGCCGUUGGGUUCCACUACCACCGACACAUACUAUAACCGAUACCGGCGAUUUGAUUAUUAACAAGCUAGAGGAAAGGUGGUCAGGCAACUAUACCUGCUCAGUCCGCAACGCAGCAGGUACAGACACUAUACGACAUGGCGUUAUAGCAGCGGCGGGUCCAAGUACUCCUGUACCGCGCCUUUUACGGGCUGACACGCACCGACUGGUAGUGGGAUGGGAAGCAGUACGUGAUGGUGGCGCCCCCCUCCUUCACUAUAGUGUUCAGUGGCGAUCAGGAUGGGGGCAGAAAGAAAUGGGACAACAAAUAGUGGGCGGCGAGCAAGCCGUAGGAGUAGAUGAAACGCGGUGUGAAGUUGGCGUGUUAGAAUGCGGUGCGCGUUAUACAAUCACAAUGCGGGCCCACAACGCAGCUGGGGCCUCCCCUUACUCCGCUCCUCUGCAAGUCCGGACCAGUGGAGACAAGGCUCUGGCGCCACCCGGCAGACAGAGCAUCUGGGCGAACAGCAGCGCGCUACGCGUUUCUUUGCUGGCGUGGGGCGGGCGUUGCGCAGUAGCAACCUGGCGCGCUGCGUAUCGACCGGCGAAACAGCCAAGGACUACCUGGACUGCUAUACACGUAGAUGGGGAGACUCUCGAGGUGGUGGGCUUGGAGCCAGCUACGUGGUAUGAAAUUCGCAUCUUGGCACAGGCUCCAGCCGGCGAAACGCCUGCACUUUAUCGAGCUGCUACAAGGUCACUUGCGGGAGAUCAGAUAGGAGAACCAAUAGACUUGCCAGUGGAAGCACGUCUAAGCGACGUGGAGGACGAAGUAGAAGUUCGGAGUAGUGGAUGGGGGCGGACGGGGUUGCUUAGCGCACUUGGGGGCGGUGCGUUGGCCUUGCUUCUCGCAGCGAUAAUACUCUUGGCGUCGUUACGGCGAACGAGUGGUCCAACACCGCCCCCGACAUUGCACAAUGGAAAGUCCAUAGAUCCACCUUUAGAUGACUGUGACGAGAUAAGCCCAUACGCAACGUUUAGUAUGUCGGGAAGUGACUCAGCACGCGGGGCGAGCGCAGCACGUGCGUGUUCUUUGCACGUUCGUUCGCUUCCACGCUCGCCACUCGCGCUAGCAGCGCCACCAAUGCGUCACCAUUUACUUGCUCAACCUAAUGAAUAUGGCACGUGCGGUAGCGUACGUGACACAGACAGUGAGUCCAGCGGUUCGCCUUGCGCCGCGUGCGCCGCUGAACUCUACCGUUUGCCCGCUGCGCACCUUUCAGAUACACUCCCAGCGGGUGCAACCACGGCUGCCGAAUCCAGCACAGAGGAUGGCUCAUAUGGCUCCCGUCACUUGCGUCCUCGAGAUAUACGUGACACAAAUUCCCGUGACAUCAGAGAUACGCGUGACAUGAGGGACGGGCGUGACACGCAACAGAGACGUGCACGUAGAAUAGCGCGUCCACAGCAACCGACCAUUAGCCACCGGUUCUAGAGUGAGGCGAUGCCAAAAUUCCGGUAUGCGGGAGCCGUCGCAAAUUGUGCACCGGAGAGGAACUGUACAUAAUGUGAUUAUGUUUGGGAACUUGUUUUUUAUUGACCGAUGUUAUUUUAUUAAAUAAAAUACAACGUUUUCCA